CUUCCCCCAUUGCAGUUUUCCACCCCCUUUGUCCCAGAGAGGAUCGGUUCGACAAUGGCUGUCACCCGUCCCCUUUAAGAUGAUUUCGGAAAUAAUAAUGUAUUAUUUAAUUACUUAACACUUUCUUUCAUGUCGGCGGACAAUACACUUAGGUCGCGCAACAACAUUAGAAAUCAGGGACCAUAGAAGUCGAACAUGACAAUAUAGCCCAAAAAUUGCUUAAUUAGGUGUCUAUGUUGAAACGGCGUUUUCUUCUCUGACAUGACUUUAGUUUCCAGUGCUUCAUACAAUACUACCCUGGGACAGUAGCCUAUGUCACAGGAGGAUGGAAUAAUCGACAGCCGACAGAGAGAAGACGCAUAGGAAGAGUAAAGGGAAUGCGGUGAAAACCCAACUCAAUUCGGAACACUGUUCCCUUUAUCCCCUGCAAUGUUUUGGCUUUACCAAAACGGACGUUUGAAAGUGACAGUGGGCAAUCGUUAACCUACCGGAUGUAUUAUAAUAUCUGACGACUAUAAUAAUACUGGAAAGGGAUAUUUCCCAUAUUUCCCACUCCCCCAGGAUUGACCACAACCUCUCUGACCCUCAGUCAUGACAUCACCUGAGUCACCCCUCCCCUCCCCUUCCCCCUGUCCGCCUCCCCCCCUCCCCUCUUCUCCCACUCCCUCGUCUCCCGCUCCUUCCUCCUCUCUCCCGCUUCCCCCCUCCCUGCCUCCCACGGGGGAGGUGAUGGUCCUGGCCCUAGGGAGGAAGAAACAGAGGAUGCUCAUCUGUCUCUCCCUCUUGCCCAAUCUCUUCCUGGCCUUCCUUCUCUCCUCGGAUCCCCUGCUCACCCUCGCCUCGCCCCACCACUGCCGCCUCCUGGGACCUUCGCCUGCUCCGCAGGUCCUCAACGCCUCUCUGCCCUGGGAGAAAGGGGGCAGAGUGGGGGACAGCGGAGGGCUGUCUCAGUGCAAGCAGUAUAUCAACGGUACCCAGUCCGGGGUGGAGAACUGCGAUGCUGGCUGGGACUACAAUGUCACAGAAGGAUUGAGAAUUAACAUUGUUACUGAGUGGGAUUUAGUGUGUGGUCAGUACUGGCUGGUCCCAGUCGAGGAGGUGUCCUUCAUCCUGGGUGUUCUGACAGGAUGCCUGGGACUGGGCUUUGCUGCUGACAGGCUGGGCAGGUUGAAGACACUGCUCACCUCGCUAACCCUCUCGGUGGUAUUUGGCGUGCUUGUGUGCGUCUCUACCUCCCCCCCUAUCUUUAUUGUCAUGCGCUUUUGCCUGGCUGCUGCUAGUGCUGGUGUCUACCUCAUGCUUUACAUCACACGUCUUGAACUCUGUGAUCCCUCACUGCGUCUGCUGGUCACCAUGGUGGCAGGACUAACUACGGUUUCUGGGGAGCUGCUGUUGCUGGGUGUUGCUCUGUCUUGCCAGUCCUGGAGGGGCUUACUCGGAGCUGGGGCUGCACCACUCUCUCUGUUCCUCACCUAUGGUAUUCCAGGAGUAUUUCCUGAGUCUCCUCGCUGGCUUCUUCUCUCUGAGAGAUCAGCUGAUCUGAAUUCCUUCAGUGAAAGAAGAGAUAGAGAGAGGGAUGACGAGAGCUUCACAGAGUUGGACUCGGAGCCGUCUCCCUCUACUUACCCCCACCUGUCCUUCCCAGAGCUUGUACACAGCAGGAACAUCUGGAAAAACAUGUGUGUGCUCGGCUUCACCUCGUUCAUUUCCCAUGGCAUUAGUCAUUGUUACAGCUCAUUUCGGGGUGAUGUCAGAGGCACUGCCCCCAGCUUCUAUUGGACCUAUCUGCUGUCCGUCUGUGCUGGAGGAGGGGCCUGGCUGUUGUUAUGGGCAACCGUGAACAGGUGUGGUCGCCGUGGUAUCCUGCUCCUCGCCAUGACUAUGACAGGGCUGGCAUCUCUGAUUCUCCUCGGACUGAUGGAGUAUCUAAGUGAGGCGGCCAUCACUGUGUUCUCAGUGAUGGGACUUUUCUCCUCCCAGGCGGCUGCCUCUCUCUGUGUCCUCUUCACUGCAGAGAUCAUGCCAACCAUCAUCAGGGGCAGUGGCGUGGGCACGGUGUUGGCCCUGGGCUGCGUGGGCCGCCUCACCUCGCCCCUCAUGGACCUGCGCAACCACUACGGCUACUUCCUGCACCACGUGGUGUACUCCUCCCUGGCCCUGCUGGCCGUGCUCUCCAUCCUGCUGCUGCCCGAGAGCAAGAGGAAACCCCUGCCCCAGACGCUGGCCGAUGGGGAGCAGUACCGACGCCCCCCGCUGGGCAGGAGGAGGAGGGACAACGUUCCCCUGCUGGCCACCCCCAACCCAGAGACCUAGCCGCCUAAACGUCACACAUCAGUCAUAACGCCAGCCCAGAGUGUCACCAGGUCCAUGCUGCAGAAAGGAAGAUGGGUGAAAAUGAAGAGGGAGAAGUGCUGUCUGGUUAAGAUGGUUGUGUAGAGCCAGUGAAGGGAGAUGGUAGAAUCAACCACACACUCUACUCUUCCUAACAUAUCAUUUUCUAGUCAUUCCUAAUGUAACAGUAUAACUUUACGGCGUCCCCUCGCCCCGACACGGGCGCGAACCUGGGACCCUCUGCACACAUCAACAACGGUCGCCCACGAAGCACAGUCGUUACCCAUCGCUCCACAAAAGCCGCGGCCCUUGCAAAGCAAGGGGCAACACUACUUAAGUCUCAGAGCAAGUGACGUAACUGAUUGAAAUGCUACUAGCGCGCACUCGCUAACUAGCUAGCCAUUUCACAUCCGUUACACUAACACAGGAGUGUGGGUGGGGCGGCCAUACGUCGUUCGUCUGUCUCCAUUUCUGCCAAUGAAGUGAGUGUGUGUGUGUACGUGACUGUGUAUAUGCGCACGCGUAUGUGUGGCCCUGGUCGGAUGGCGGCGUGGAGAGUGCUCGUCUUGCAGUGACCUGCCCCCCCCACCUUUCCUAUAAGGCCUGCGUGUCAGGAAAGGGCAUCAGCUGCUUCAUGCUUAUGCUCCAGAACGCCCACCUUUGAUGUGUAUGAUCUGACAGAGCAUGGCAUCACACACAGCUCACAGAGGCAGAUCUACUGCCCUGUAAAUACCAUAAACCUAGUUUCUUUAACUUAAUGAAUGCUGGCUUAUCUGUUGAUAAAAAACAGUAGGAGUUUUGUUACAUAGUGCUGGAUCUUGGCAGAGUGCUUUUGUACUGUGCACAUCUGUCUACUGCUCUUAAAGGCAAUGGGGAAAAUAAUAUUGAUCGAUUGAAGAUGAAUUGAGUAACGUUAUAAUAGAGAGUAGUUUGAGGAAACGUUGUGAACUUGCAUCAAAUAAAUAGUAAUAGACGUCCUCCUACAAUCAGUUAAUAAAAAAGAGAGAAAAUGACAUUUUAAUGUACUGUAGUUCCUCAAACUCAAACUUGAUUGGAUGUGAUAAAAUUAUAUGAAUUAUAUUUUCAGAUGUGGCCUGGAGCCAAUACUGUUUAUGGGUCAUUAAUCUUGAUGGUCUUGUCUCUGCUCUCAGACCCACCUUACUGUAGGCUCCUCUGAAGACAUAGGAAGAGAUGAUAGAGUGCCUAUGUAUUCAGAGCUGAAAACCUUGUGUAAAUAUACAUGUAUGGUAGAGAAUGGAUGGACACACCUUUACACUCCCCUAUGUGUUUAUUUAGACAGUGAAGCUGAAACUUUUCAUUUGGCUUUAUACUCCAGCAUUUUGAGAUCAAAUGUUUCAUAUAAGGCGACAGUAGAUCAUGUCACCUUUUAUUUAAGGUUAGUUUCAUACAUGUCUGUUUUACUGUUUAGAAAUUAAAACUAGUUCCCCCCCAUAUGAAGGGGUCAUAAGUAUUUGGACAAAUUAACCUAUAGUGUAUUACAUUUAGUCCAAAAUGUUGUAUUUUACCCCAUAUUUGUUGCACGCAAUGAAUACACCGUGCUGGUAACUAUACAAACUUGUUGGAUGCAUUUGCAGUUUGUUUUGGUUGUGUUUUCAGAUUAUGUUGUACCCAAUAGAAAUGAAUGGUAGAUCAUGUAUAGUGACUUUCACUGGAUCUAUUCCACAGCCUUCUCUGAGCGGAGGGCAGAGGUGAGGGCUAGGCAGGAUGGGGUUUGAAGUUAGGGAGGGAAAAAUACACUUACCUACCGAAACACCUCCCUCUGCCGGUCUUUGGUAGUUUCUUUACAAUGCACUCAACAAUUAUAAUAUUAAUAUUGAUAUUAUUGAUGAUGAAAAUAACUAUUAAUAACUUGACAAUAGUAAUAAAAUGUUAGACAAUGCUGUUUGCUUAAGAUUUUCUGUUAAGUAAUCCAGCAAUGUAAUUAUGUUAAUAACUUGAACCUGAUUUCAUUGAAAAUAAAAUGUUAAGUAAACAAUGGGCUGUUA